ACCCCGAUAUGACAAGAUUGACAGUGUUGUAAUGAAUUAUUUUUAACCCGAUACAACGCACAUUUAUUUUGUUUAUAUUUUCCCAAUCGUUAUUUUGGCCUUAGUCAUUUUGCCUGACAGUUUAAAAGAAGCGAGGUCGUUAAGGGAAAUACGAUUUGUUUAUUUUUUGUCUAAAUGUAUUGGUUUCAUUUCGCUUGUGCGUCUUAAAACGGAAUUUCUUGUAAAUGCUUGCGAUGGAUUUGCAAUCUGCAGAUUGACUGAUUCCGACUAGGCUAGAUAUAAAACAAGACAAUCAUCUGUGGGCUAAACAGUCAUUUUAGGUGUUCUGUGAUGGGGCGGGGUCCUGGACAUAAGCAUGAAGACCAAGUCCUCAGGAAGAACACUAUGGUUUGGCUCCCCAGCUUCCUGCAUGGUGGGACUUCCAGCCUGGUGUCCACUCUCACCACCUUCCCCAUCUACAAGAUCGUGUUCCGCCAGCAGCUUCACAGCACCGUAGUCAGCCAGGCGAUAGGCCAACUCAAGAAGGAGGGUUUCCUGAAGCUCUACAGGGGGGUGGUGCCCCCUCUACUGAUGAAAACCCUGAAUGGGACACUACUUUUCGGGAUACAUGACACUUUCCUCCACUGUCUCUCCUCCAUCACCAACCCCUGCGGUGUCAUCCCUCUCCUCGCGUUACCAGCUGUGGCCGGGCUCGGCACAGGCAUGGUGGAGGCCUUGGUGUUCACGCCAUUUGAGCGUGUGCAGAAUGUGUUGCAGAACGGGGGCAACGACCGCAGCCUGCCCACCCUGAGGAGAGUGUUGGCCCGGCUGGGGGCAGAGAGGCUGGGGUCGGGGUACUACAGAGCUUUCAUCCCCAUACUGGCCCGUAACACCCUGGGAAGCUGCAUCUACUUCGGUCUGAAGGACCCCGUCAGUGCUGCUCUGAGGGAGAAGGGGCUUCCUCCUAUGGCCUCAUCCUUCCUGUCAGGAAUGAUAAUCAGCUCCAUGGCGAUCAACCUGCCCCUGUAUCCUCUGUCUGUGCUGGUGGUCAACAUGCAGGCUGGGGUGGUGGGUGAGGCAGCGGGGGUGAGGGGGAGCUGGAAGGCACUGUGGGAAGGUCAGCUGAAGAGGAGCGUCCCCCUGCUGUACCGUGGAGGUUCCCUGGUUAUCCUCAGGAGCUGUAUUAGCUGGGGAAUCACUUCAGCCAUCUACGACCAACGCUCCACACACUGACACACAACAUCUCAUUGCUCCAUUCCAGACAAGGGCUGCGUCACCAAUUGCACCCUAUUCCCUUUGCAGUGCAAUUUGGGAAGCA